AUGCGUUUUUCUUCUCUACUUCUCGGUGCCGUAGCAUUGGCUUUCUCUGGCGCUUUUGCAGCUCCUGCUGCCAAUACCGACCCAGCUUCUAACGAGCGCAAUGUCAGUACCAACAAGAAGCGGUCGAACUUUUGGUUUGCAGGUGUCAAUGAAUCUGGCGCCGAGUUUGGGAGUACCAAUCUUCCCGGAACCAAAGGCACAGAUUAUACAUGGCCGUUAACAUCAUCCGUCGAUACUCUAAUGGCAAAGGGAUUCAACAUCUUUCGCAUCCCUUUCCUGAUGGAGCGUCUCGUCCCGGGCUCUCUGACCAGCAGCGUGAACGCCGCCUACCUCGCCGACAUGCAAGCCCUCGUAAGCCACAUCACGAGCAAGGGCGGGUACGCCGCCAUCUGCGCGCAGAACUUCGGCCGGUACUACAGCAGCAUCAUCACGGACACGGCGGGCUUCACGGCCUUCUGGCACACGGUCGCCAGCGAAUUCGCAUCCGACGCGCACGUCAUCUUCGACACCAACAACGAGUACCACGACAUGGACAACACGCUCGUCGGCGCCCUCAACCAGGCGGCCAUCAACGGCAUCCGCGCAGCCGGCGCAACCGCCCAGACCAUCUUCGUAGAGGGGAACUCGUACACCGGUGCCUGGACGUGGGUCUCGUCCGGUACAUCGACCGCCAUGGCUGCGCUCACAGACCCGAAUGACAAUAUCAUCUACGAGAUGCAUCAGUAUCUCGACAGCGACGGCUCGGGUACCAGCUCCACCUGUGUGAGCACCAGCAUUGGGGUGGAGAGGCUGCAGGCUGCCACGGCGUGGUGCAAGAGUGCGGGGAAGAACUGUAUCCUGGGGGAGACGGCCGCCGGGUCGAAUAGUCAGUGUAUCAGUGCCCUAAGUAACAUGCUGGCCUAUAUGGAGACCAAUAACGACGUAUGGAGAGGCUGGUUGUUGUGGGGAGGUGGGCCGUGGUGGGGGGACUAUAUCUUCUCUGUUGAACCGCCGUCCGGGACACAGUAUACAGGUGUUGUGCCCUCCAUCACCCAGUAUAUCUGA